AUGAGUACGGGUGACUUCUUGACCAAAGGUAUUGGAUUGAUUGAAAAGGCCAUCGAUUUGGAUACAGCCACCCAAUACGAAGAAGCCUACACCGCUUAUUACAAUGGGCUCGACUAUCUAAUGCUAGCGCUCAAGUACGAGAAAAAUCCAAAGUCCAAGGAUCUGAUUAGGGCAAAAUUCACCGAGUAUUUGAAUCGUGCAGAGCAAUUGAAGGAGCAUCUGGAGGCUGAAGAAGAGAAGAAAAAGAGUAAGAAGGAUACGCCUGCCAAAAAAGCGAGUGCGAACUCGAACAACGACGACGAUGCAGACGAUAAAAAACUGAGAGGAGCAUUGUCGGGAGCCAUCUUGACCGAAAAGCCAAACGUGAGAUGGGAGGAUAUUGCUGGAUUGGAGGGUGCCAAAGAGGCACUAAAAGAGGCCGUGAUUCUACCUGUCAAAUUCCCUCACCUAUUCAAAGGUAAUAGAAAGCCUACAUCCGGUAUUUUGCUGUACGGCCCACCUGGUACAGGUAAGUCUUAUCUAGCAAAAGCCGUUGCUACGGAAGCCAAUUCCACCUUUUUCAGCAUAAGUUCAAGUGAUCUGGUCUCGAAAUGGAUGGGUGAAUCCGAAAGACUUGUAAAGCAAUUGUUCGCUAUGGCACGGGAAAACAAGCCUUCCAUCAUCUUCAUUGAUGAAGUAGACGCCUUAACAGGUCAAAGAGGUGAGGGUGAAAGUGAAGCAAGCAGGAGAAUCAAGACAGAACUAUUGGUGCAGAUGAAUGGGGUUGGGAAUGACUCUGAUGGUGUUCUAGUACUUGGUGCCACCAACAUUCCUUGGCAAUUAGACAGUGCUAUUAGAAGGAGAUUCGAAAGAAGGAUUUACAUUCCUUUGCCAGAUCUUGCUAGCAGAACGAGAAUGUUUGAAUUGAACAUUGGCGAAACACCUUGUGCUUUAAGUAAAGAAGACUACAGGACAUUGGGACAACUCACUGACGGGUACUCUGGUAGUGAUAUUUCCGUAGUAGUCAAGGAUGCCCUUAUGCAACCAAUCAGAAAGAUUCAAAGCGCUACUCAUUUCAAAAACGUUUCCGAAGAUGCAGACCAACGGAAGUUGACGCCAUGUUCUCCAGGUGAUGAAGGUGCAAUCGAGAUGAGUUGGACUGAUAUAGAAGCUGAUGAACUUCAAGAACCAAGCCUAACAAUCAAAGAUUUCUUAAAAGCAAUCAAAACCACUCGACCAACUGUCAACGAAAUCGAUUUGAAAAAGCAAGAAGAGUUUACCAGAGAUUUCGGUCAGGAAGGAAACUGA